AUGAGAAGGCAAAUAAAAGGGAUCCUGAUUGUUUAUGGUGAGUGCUCGGGUCAAGUUGUUAAUUUAGAUAAGUCUGGAAUUUUUUUCAGCUCGAAUGUUAUAGAGGAGAAUCGAAGGGAUGUUAAGCGCAUAUUAGGUGUUGAGAGUUCGGCGAAUCCAGAGAAAUACCUUGGGCUUCCGGCUAUUGUAGGUAGGGCAAGGAAAGGAGCUUUUGCUAAUUUAAAGGAUAAAUUCGGCAGUGGAAUUCAGAGUUGGAACGUUCGAGUGCUAUCUCAAGGGGGAAAAGAAGUCUUUAUAAAAUCUGUUCUCCAAGCCAUCCCAAUGUAUGCAAUAAACUGCUUUCUUUUGCCAGAGACCCUGUGUAAAGAGUUGGAAGGACUUACGGCCCGUUUUUGGUGGCAAAAAACUGAAGUCAAAAGAGGAAUCCACUGGUGCUCUUGGGAGGAGUUGAGUAGAUUGAAGGAGGAUGGAGGUCUCGGUUUUCGAGACAUGGGAAGUUUAAUAUUGCUUUGUUGGCCAAGCAAGGAUGGAGGUUGUUAA